UUUUCACUCGGCCGUCCUUGAAGAGAGAAAAUCCUUCUCCCUACAUCGCCGCUGCUCUGUUCUUCUUCUUUUCUGAAAUCCCGAUUUCAGAACCCCCAAUUAAAAAUCUCUCAGCUCCCAGGAAAGUUUCCACUAUCUCAUCGAUCUCAGUUCUAGUUUAUUUGGUUUUUUUUUUCUUUUUUUUUUUGAGAUUGUCUGCUGGAAUCUGGUGUUGUUGGAGUUGCUUUUUUGGUUUUUGUUUUUUAAUUAUUACAUUUUUAGAGCAUUCUGGGUAUUUGGGUAUGUGGGUAGCUCUUGCUUGGAUCCAUGGAUGCGUGGGUGCGCUGUUUCUGGAUUUCUGGGGCCGUAGUGAGGCGGAUUAGGAAUUUUUUGGUCUCGUUGUCUUGAUUUUCGAGGGUUGAAUUUGUUGGAAAUUAGGCUUUGGAAUCUGGGUUUUUUGAGUUUUGGGGUUUUAAGGGUUUUGGAUUCUGGGUGUUUUGAAUUAUUGGGGUUUUGAGUGUUUUGGGAUGUGGGUUUGUUGAAUUUUGGUAUUUUGAGCUGUGGGUGUUUUGACUUGUCGGGUUUUGAGCGUUUUGGGUUGUUGGCAUUCUGAAUUGUUGGGUUUUUAAGGUUUUUGGGUUGUGGAUCUUUUGAAUUUGUGGGGUCUGAUCGAUGGAGGCUAGAAUUGGAAGUGGAAGUCGUCAUUUUUAUGGUCAGGAUUCACCCGAUUUUGUGAUGAAGGAGAGGAAUUUGAUGGGAAUUGGGAAGAGGAGCACGGAAUGGAAUAUGGAUGACUGGAAAUGGGAUGGCGAUCUAUUCAUUGCAAGCCCUUUAAAUUCUGUCCCUUUGGAUUGCCGGAGCAAGCAGUUCAUUCCGCUCGGGUUGGGAAAUCCAGCAGGUGGGAUUUUGUCAAACAGUUCUUCUUCUUGCUCUGAUGAAGUCAAUGCAGAAGAAGGGAAAGGGAAAGGAGAAUUGGAGAAGCGGAGGAGGGUUGUUGUGGUCGAAGAGGAUGAACCGCAUGAGGAAGCUGGGCCUCUAACUCUGAAGCUUGGAGGGCAUGUUUAUCCGAUCAUGGAAUCUGAUUUUCUGAACUGGGAAGAGAAGAAUGGGAAGAAGACCCAAGUGCAAGGGCCGAGUUCGAGCCGCUCCGUUUGUCAGGUGGAGGGUUGUGGGGCGGAUCUGAGCAAUGCCAGGGACUACCACAGACGGCAUAAGGUCUGUGAGAUGCAUUCUAAGGCCACUAACGCGCUCGUCGGAAAUGUUAUGCAGCGGUUCUGUCAGCAGUGCAGCAGGUUUCAUAUUCUUCAAGAAUUUGAUGAAGGGAAAAGGAGCUGCCGUCGACGUUUGGCAGGCCAUAAUAGACGUAGGAGGAAGACUCAUCCCGAUGCCGUCGUUGGUGGAAAUUCCCUGAAUGAUGAUCGAGCUAGCAGCUAUCUAUUGAUAACUCUACUACGGAUUCUCUCCAAUUUGCAUUCACAUAGCUCUGAUGGACCAAACGAUCAGGACUUUCUGUCUCAUCUUCUGAAGAACCUUGCGAACUUUGCUGGAGCAUCUGAUGGAAGGAACCUAUCAGGAAUUCUGCAGUUAUCUCAGGACUUAAAGAAUAAUGGGAUUCCUGUUGGGGCAUCUUCAGUGCUGCCAGCUUUUCUUCCGAAUGACGCUAGCGUUGCUGCCGAAGAAUCCUUGAGACCUUCAUGCUUAACCUCCAAUGGGACCCGAGGUGCUGACACUCAACAUCAUUUGGCGAGGCCACAAGAUCAAUCUCUAUCUGUCACUGUAGCUGCAGGGGGGCUGCCGCAAAAAGGAAUUACUAUAGGCAAUUCCCUUGGUGGGAUCAUGGAAGCUAUUCCCUCUACAAAACCCACAAAUGUAUUGCCGAUAAAAGACGGUCUUCCUUCAACAGCAGAAGUUUCAUGCUCAUUUCAACGCAUGCUACCUCCAGAAUAUACUUUUGAGAGAGCCAAGUCAACUAAUAUAGAUUUGAAUAGCAUCUACAUUGAUUCGCAGGAGUGCCCGGAAGGUUUGGAGAGGACACAGGCCCCUGCAAACUUAGGGACUGGUUCCCUAGAUUAUCCAUCAUGGCUAUUGCAGGACUCUCACCAGUCAAGCCCGCCUCAGACGAGCGGUAAUUCAGAUUCAACAUCCGCCCAGUCGCCAACUAGCUCCAAUGGAGAUGCUCAGAGCCGGACAGAUCGGAUUGUUUUCAAGCUCUUUGGAAAAGACCCAAAUGAUAUUCCUCUUGUUUUGAGAUCGCAGAUCCUUGAUUGGUUAUCCCACAGUCCUACAGACAUUGAAAGCUACAUUAAGCCUGGUUGUAUCAUUCUAACGAUUUACGUUCGUCUAGCUGAGUCCACAUGGGAAGAUCUUUGCUGUGACCUAAGAUGUAGUCUGCAGCGUCUUUUGGAUGUCUACGACAAUGAUUUUUGGAGAACAGGAUGGGUAUAUGCUCGGAUUCAACAUCAAAUGGCAUUUAUCUACAAUGGUCAAGUUGUGCUCGAUACAUCCUUGCCGCUUACAGGUUCCCAUCACUGUAGGAUUGCAAGUGUCAUGCCUAUUGCUGUUUCUGCUUCUGAGAGAGCUAAUUUCACAGUCAAAGGCUUUAACAUAUGUCGGUCCGCUAUGAGGUUACUCUGUGCAAUUGAAGGUAAGUAUUUAGUACUAGAAAUGUCUGACGUCUCGGUAGAGGGCACCGAAACCCCCAAGGAGCAUGACGAGCUUCAGUGCCUCAGCUUCUCUUGCUCACUCCCUAAUGUAUCCGGGAGAGGAUUCGUUGAGGUUGAGGAUGAUGGUCUUAGCAGCGGCUUCUUUCCCUUCAUAGUUGCAGAACGAGAUUUAUGCUUGGAAAUCCGUACGCUAGAGAGUGCAAUUGAAGCAAGUGAGUGCGAUGCUGCUGCUCAUAAGAGAACUGAUGUAAUGAAAGCCAGGAAUCAGGCCUUGGACUUUUUACAUGAUAUGGGUUGGCUUCUUCGGAGGAGUCAUUUGCGGUCUAGAUUGGAUCAUAAGAAUGCUCACUCGGGCAGCUUCCCUUUGAAACAGUUCAAGUGGCUCAUGGAAUUCUCAAUGGAUCAUGAUUGGUGUGCUGUAGUUAAAAAGCUUCUGGAUGUUCUCUUUGAUGGGCCUGUGGAUGCUGGCGGGCAUUCUUCUGUUGAGAUGCCAUUGUUGGAAAUGGGUUUGCUCCACAGAGCUGUGAGGAGAAACUGUAGGCCGAUGGUGGAGCUUCUGUUGAGAUACGUCUCGGUUAAAACAGGCCGCCAACAUGAUCAAGGAGUUGGAGAAGGUUCUGAUGGUGGCUUCUUAUUUAGACCUGACAUGGUGGGCCCUGCAGGUGUGACCCCUCUUCAUAUUGCAGCCAGUAGAGAUGAUACCGAGAAUGUGUUGGACGCUUUAACGGAUGACCCUGGACUGGUGGGAAUUGAAGCUUGGAGGAAUGCUCGAGACAACAGUGGUUUCGCCCCUGAAGAUUAUGCGCGUCUAAGAGGUUACUAUUCCUACAUCCACCUCAUCCAAAAGAAAAUCAACAAGAAAUCAGAGGCAAGGCACGGGCACAUGGUCCUCGACAUCCCCGGCAGCUCCCAGAAGCAAACUACCCAUCUGGAUUUCACUAAGCCAACAGCUUUUCAGAUUGAGAAACGUGAUCGGGGACCUGUUCGUUCAUAUUGCAAGGCUUGCGAUCAGCGGUUGGUCUAUGGCAACAUCAGCCAAGCCCUGCCUUACAGGCCGCUGAUGCUAUCUAUGGUGACCAUUGCUGCCGUCUGUGUCUGUGUUGGCCUUCUGUUCCAUGGCCCACCAGAAGUCCAGAACGUGUCUCCGUUCAUAUGGGAAUUGUUGCAUUUUGGACCCAUCUGAGGCUAUGGUGGAAACCAUGCUUUUAUAAGUUUAUAAGAAAUAUUCUAUCAGUCAUAAGCUGUAGAUCGAUGCUGCCGUCUCUACUGGCGGGUGUUUGGGUUGAUUGAUUGAUGAAAAUUAGAUACUCGUGUAAUUUGUAUCUUGUAACAAUUAACAUUAGGUAAUGUACGAAUUGGAUUUGUGUUUUUGGACCUAA